AUGGCACGUUCAGAAAUAUUAUCAGCGGCCUCGACAAAUACAAGAAAACGCCAAAGAAAUAAUAAUGUUUUAAUAUCACCAAAAUUCAACAAUAAAAAUAAUAAAGAUUUACAAAGUGAUAAUGAUAAUGACGAUGAUGAUGAUAUUUAUCAAGAUAGUUUAAUUAACGAAAUGUUAGAAAAACAAUCGGAAUAUCUUAAUAAUAAUUUAACUUUUAAUAAUGCAGAUAAUAAAAUAAAAAAUUUAACAAAUAAUGAUAAUAAUAAUAAUAAUAAUAAUGAUGAUGAUGAUGAUGAUGAUGACGUAGUAUUCAUCAAAGAACAACCUAUUCAACAACAGGAACAAAAUAGAUAUACUACAACAAAUUAUAAUUAUAAUGAUAAUAAUUCAAAUAUUAUUAUACCUAAUGGUAUGACAAUUAAAAAACAAAGAACAAUUUCAUUACCUCAAUUGCCUUUAUCAAAAUUAGAUCUAUUAUCAUUAUCAAAUAAUGCAACUAGUUCAACAAUUGAUAUUAUACCAAGAACUCAAAAUGAUAAUGAAUUAUUAAAUUUAACAGGUUCUUCAACAAAGACUUUAGCAUCAAAUAAAACUGUACCUUUAAGAGUUUUACAACCUUUAAAUAAUCAUCAUAAUACAGAAAAUAAUAGUAACAAUAAUAAUGCACAAGAACAACGGUCUUCAAUUUUUAGUAGGAAAUUUAAAAAUUAUCACAAUCAUUUUAAAACUGAUAAAGACGGUCAUUAUAUUUAUCAUGAUAAUGAUACAUUUGGUGAUAACGAGAAAUUUGUUGCACAAGGUUUAUUAGGUCAAGGAACAUUUGGUAAAGUUUUAAAAUGUUUUGAUCAACAAGAGCAAAAAUUCGUUGCGGUUAAAAUUAUUAGAGCAAUUGAUCGUUAUAGAGAAGCUGCAAAGACUGAAUUAAGAGUAUUAAAUACAAUUUCUCAAAAUGAUAUUACAGGAUCAUUUCAAUGUCUACUUUUAUUAGAUUAUUUUGAUUAUAAAAAUCAUAUUUGUUUAAUUACAAAUUUACAUGGGAAAUCAAUUUAUGAUUUUAUGUGCGCAAAUGGUAUCGGUAGAUUCCCGGGUUCGCAUAUUCAAGCAAUUGCAAGACAAUUAAUUAGAUCAAUUUGUUUCUUACAUGAACUUAAUAUUAUUCAUACAGAUAUUAAACCAGAAAAUAUCUUAUUAUGUGAUGAUCAAAAUUUUGCUCAAUAUCAACUACCUGAUAAAAUUUUAUCAGGGUUAUCAAAGAGGAGAAAAACAGCUUCAAAUAAUGGAUUAAGAAAAAUUUUACAAACACCUGAAAUUAAAAUUAUUGAUUUUGGUAGUGCGGUAUUCUUUGAUGAAUAUCAUCCACCAAUUAUUUCAACAAGACAUUAUAGAGCUCCAGAAAUUGUAUUAGGACUAAGUUGGUCAUAUCCAUGUGAUAUUUGGUCAAUUGCUUGUGUCCUUGUCGAACUUGCAACUGGUGAAUCAUUAUAUCCCAUUCAUAAUAAUUUUGAACAUUUAACUAUGAUGCAAAGAAUUAAUAAUAAACUUAUCCCUGAUAAGUUAAUUGAUACAAUGUUUUAUAAAUAUGAUAAUAAUAUUGGGAAUUUACCAUCAGAUUUAAAUUCAACAGUAAUUAAACAUUUCAAUAGAGAUACCAAAAAAUUAAUGUGGCCAGAAAUUGAUCCUUUUACAGGCACAGUCCUUACAGAACCUAAAGUUAUUAAAAGAAUAGAAAAUAAUUGUUUUAGUCUCGAUAUUUUAAUCUGUAAAUUUUUAAAGAUUGAUAUGAAUGAUACUAAUUUCCAAAUAGAUACAACCUUAUCGGCUGAGGAAAAUUGGGCUCAUUUAGAACAAUUGACUUCUGCAUCAAAGGAAACAUUUUUAUUCUGGUAUUAUUUCUUAGAUUUAUUAAAUAAAAUGUUCGAAUUCGAUCCAACUCAAAGAAUUACUGCAAGGGACGCUUUAGAUCACGAAUGGUUUAAUUUGGGUAUUCUCGAUGAAGGUAUUACCAGUUUUUACUGA